AGCCGCCGUGUUGUGGGUGAGAAUCUGGCCCUGGGCCUGAGCGUCCGGCCUAAGCCGGCUAGCACAAGGCGGGGAGUUGGGAAGACCGUGGCUUGACGUGAGGCGCCGCGAGGGCGCCGUACUCUCAGAAGCUGUCACGCCGGCCCGAUUUUCCACGGCUGUAUAAGAAGUAGCCCUUCGGUAGCCGGGGAGCUGGAGGGGAACCUGAUUUGAGAUCAUUUCUUGAAGAACACAAAGAAGUGUGGUGGUAUGUUCCAGGAUUGAACCAGCUGCCCUUUGACCCUGCCAACAACAACGAACCCCUGCAGUUUGGUAGUGCCAGUGGCCCUCUGGUCACAGAAGGCCUCAUUGAGAAUGGAGGGGAGUCAAGCAAGAAAAGAAAGAGAACAAAUGCUCCUUCAGCCCUUGGAUGAUUUUUCUUCGUUUGCAUGCAUGAGUAAUUUGGAUGGAAGCUGCUGAAGUAAUUGUAAUUCAACUAGUCUAUGAGAAGAAUGAGAAGCAUCCCAAGCUCCUAUGCUGAUAAUAGUAGAACUCUGAAUGUGGAUUCCACUGCAAUGACACUACCUAUGUCCGAUCCAACUGCAUGGGCCACAGCAAUGAAUAAUCUUGGAAUGGCACCAUUGGGAAUCGCUGGACAACCAAUUUUACCUGAUUUUGAUCCUGCCCUUGGAAUGAUGACUGGAAUUCCACCAAUAACUCCAAUGAUGCCUGGCUUAGGAAUAGUACCUCCUCCAAUUCCACCAGAUAUGCCAGUAGUAAAAGAGAUCAUACACUGUAAAAGCUGCACGCUUUUCCCUCCAAAUCCAAAUCUUCCACCUCCUGCAACUCGAGAACGACCACCAGGAUGCAAAACAGUAUUUGUGGGUGGCCUACCUGAAAAUGGGACAGAGCAGAUCAUCGUGGAAGUGUUUGAACAGUGUGGAGAGAUCAUUGCCAUUCGCAAGAGCAAAAAGAACUUUUGUCACAUUCGCUUUGCUGAGGAAUAUAUGGUGGACAAAGCCCUUUAUCUUUCUGGUUACCGCAUUCGCCUGGGCUCCAGCACUGACAAGAAGGACACAGGCCGGCUCCACGUCGAUUUUGCACAGGCUCGAGAUGACCUGUAUGAGUGGGAAUGCAAACAGCGCAUGCUCGCAAGGGAGGAGCGCCACCGUAGAAGGAUGGAAGAAGAAAGAUUGCGCCCGCCAUCCCCACCACCAGUGGUCCACUAUUCAGAUCACGAAUGCAGCAUUGUUGCUGAAAAACUAAAAGAUGAUUCCAAAUUCUCAGAAGCUGUGCAGACCUUGCUCACCUGGAUUGAACGGGGAGAGGUGAACCGUCGCAGCGCCAACAACUUCUACUCGAUGAUCCAGUCGGCCAACAGCCACGUUCGCCGCCUGGUGAAUGAGAAAGCUGCCCAUGAGAAAGACAUGGAAGAAGCAAAGGAGAAGUUCAAGCAGGCCCUUUCUGGAAUUCUCAUUCAGUUUGAGCAGAUAGUAGCUGUGUACCAUUCCGCCUCCAAACAGAAGGCAUGGGACCAUUUCACAAAAGCCCAGCGUAAAAAUAUCAGCGUUUGGUGCAAACAAGCUGAGGAAAUUCGCAACAUACAUAAUGAUGAAUUAAUGGGAAUCAGACGAGAAGAAGAAAUGGAGAUGUCCGAUGAGGAAAUCGAAGAAACCACAGAAAAAAAAGAAACUGAGGAAUCAGUAUCACAGGCAGAAACUCUGAAGGAAGAAAAUGACAGCCUCCGUUGGCAGCUCGAUGCGUAUCGGAAUGAGGUAGAAUUGCUCAAGCAAGAACAAGGCAAAGCCCCCAGAGAAGAUGACCCAAACAAGGAACAGCAGCUGAAACUCCUGCAGCAAGCCCUGCAAGGAAUGCAACAGCAUCUACUCAAAGUCCAAGAGGAAUUCAAAAGGAAAGAAGCUGAACUUGAAAAAGUCAAGGAUGACAAAUUGCAGGUGGAAAAAAUGUUGGAAAAUCUUAAAGAAAAGGAAAGCUGCGCUACUAGACUGUGUACAUCAAGCCAGGACAGUGACUACCCUCUUGAGAAGACCCUGAACAGCAGCCCUAUCAAAUCUGAACGUGAAGCACUGCUCGUGGGGAUUAUUUCCACAUUUCUUCAUGUCCACCCAUUUGGAGCAAGCAUUGAAUACAUCUGUUCCUACUUGCACCGUCUAGAUAGUAAGAUCUGCACCAGCGAUGUGGAAUGUCUCAUGAGCAGGCUGCAGCACACCUUCAGGCAGGAAAUGACCGGGGUCGGAGCCAGUCUGGAAAAGAGGUGGAAGUUCUGUGGCUUCGAGGGCCUGAAACUGACCUGAAUGCUGCGGCCUCACAGCCUGGGCUCCUGCAGAGAAAUGUGCCAUAGACAUGCCAAGGAAGUGAUUUGUAUUCUCAAUGGUUUUCAAGUGAAAGUGCUUUAAAUUUGCUGGGUCAAUCCCAGAAUAUCUUAUGAGUUAAAAUAAGGAUCCUAGAGCAGCACCUCGAGCUACAGGCCCUAAAAAGACAUGGACUCAAACCCUCAAGCGCUGUAACUUGCUCCCCUUCUGUUGGUGGCUUGUGUCUUUUAUUAGUGAUAUUGAAAAAGGCCUGAGGCUAAAGAGUAUUUGGGGUAUUUUCAGUGUCUGUACUACUGUCCUAGAGUUUGGUAUUUUUUUAAACACUGUUAAUUGAAAUGUUUUGAUUAUUUGUAUGUGAUUUGUUUGUGUUUUAAACUUCUCUUCGCAUUAAUGUUGCUACUGAUAAGAGGAAUGAGAGGAGCACUGGCUACUCUGUAAAGGACAUGGUCUUUCCGACACCCAGUAAGCCAGUAAGCGAAUAACACAGCAUCUUCUAGAAGGUGCCUUCCCAGGCUCCUCUUUUAAAAGAGAAAGCAUGGUUUGUGGCUUUUUGCAAAAUUACUGUGAACCAAAAGUUGACAAAUGUUCCAAAGUUAUUUUCUCUAAUAUAUCAGAUUAAAAACAUCUAGAUGUAUUCACAGAAAGCAAGUGUCCAGUAUGACUGGCAUGUGUUUGUGCUAUUCAGAAUCACCUUGUAAAUAGUCUGCUUUUAAAGGAGGGCAUAUUUAGUUUCAGUGAAGGAAAACACACAUGUGUGCUUGUGCACAUGCACGUACACAAACAAGUUAGCAGAAGGGGUUCAUUUUAAUGCCUUCCCUCUGGCCUCCUUACAAAGUCCGUUGGUCCCUUUUCUUCUGCCAUCAGCGUGUUGAAGUGCAAACCGUGUACUGCUGUAAAUCCUAUGUUCACUUCAAGCUGAAUGUUUGCAAACAGUUGAUACGAGUAUCAGUAGAAAAUUCCUGGUAAUGAAUGAGCCUGGGUGCAUGCGGCUUCCUGCAAAGAGCUCAGCUCCUCCUGGAGCACCAGUGGCUGGGGGCACCUCCAGUUCUAUGGUGCCCACCAGCAGAUUGCGAUGGCAAACUGUGUGUGGACCGGUCAGGAAGUCCUCCUUGAUGGAAGCAAAAGAGAAAGGAUGAGGACUGGGGGCUAAUACCCUGAGGCGCAGAUGAUCUUUUCCUCUGUGGUGUUGCUGGUGCCUAAAGUAACACAAGCAUGCCCUCCCUUGAGUCUUGAUUCAGAAUGAAAGAAUGUACCAAGUAAGCAAAGCCAAUGAAGAGUAUUUCAGGAAAAUACUUUGUAAAUGAGAUGUCAGUAGUGCUCAAAGUUGUAUUUUUCAAAGAUAAAUAUUCCUUUUUUAUACCUCA